UUCAAGGCAGGGGAGGCAUUUAAGGCCCCCAGUCCCAGUGAAAAGAUUUGAAAGAAAAGGUUGAAUAAAUCAAAAUAGCAUUGUUAGCAAGUGCUAUCCUGUAAUAAGCUUUGAUCUGAAGUUCUAUAAGUAAUUAUUUUUAAGAUGUAGGCCAAAUAGAGGCUUUGUUCAGAGUGAGUGCCUGCUUAUGAAGCAAACAUUAGAUAACUUUCAUUGUGAAAUGGAAGGCCUGAACUUGGCUUCCAGUAAAAAGAAAACGCAAGAAAACAAAUUGCAUAACACACAUGAUUUAUGUUUUUUUUCUGGUUGUUCAGAGGAUACUUGGAAAACAAGUAGCAGUCAUAGUUCAGACAUCUUGCAACUGCCAGAAACUAUUGUGAAUGGAGAUGCUUUUGAAUUAGAACUUACAGAUGAUGAAACUCUACUGAGUUUUCUGUCUGUUGAAGAGAGUUGUGAAAAUGAAUUUUCCACUGAUUGCAUUAGUGAAUCUGCAGUGGUAGAAAUGUCUAGUGUUACUUUAGACAGUAUCCUAAGUAAUACAGUAAAUCAGAUAUUUGGAACAGAAGAUACAGGAAAAGACUCUACUGAUACAUUUGACCAAAAUGACAACACUGGAAAUGCUAUGGAUGCAAUAUGUAAUAAUAUAGGGAAUUGUAAUUGCAUUGAUGAUAAUUCUACUUCUGCUGAGCCACUGAAAGCCAUUCCUUCUCAUCUUGGAGAAAAUAGUAUUGGGGCACAGAGUUCACUACAAACUACUUCUUUUGACAGGAUUGCCCAGAUUUUACCUGAAGAGAAACCGUUUCAUUUAACAAAUGCUUAUCAGAAUAUAGAAAGAUGUGAUCCAAUGAAAGCAAAAAAUAUUAUUCCACAUAAAAGUGUCUUUUCUGAUCUGAGUAACAAAAAAAAAGAUACAUUAUUUAGCUUACAGGAAUUUUUACCUGUAGAUAUAAGCAGUGCGCCAUUUCAGCAAAAUUCAGUUGGUAUUUUCAGUGAUCAUGAGGUGCAGAUUGGUACUUUUCAUUGGGGAUCUGUUCAAGAAACAGAGGCUCAGAAAUCUGCAAGACUACCAGUAUCAAAUAUUCUAGGGGAUUGUUUUGAUAGCUGGGAGAAAAGAGAAUGUAAAGAAAUGUUAUUUGGCACUAGUCAAAUUGGGCAGCACUUUCUGGAACAAAGGGAAAUGAAUUGUAUUUUCAUGGAUGAACCAUCUAGGAGCACCUGUAUAUUUCCAACCAUGCCAAAUAUGCUUUCCAUGAACCCCCAUAUGCCAUCUAAUGCUGAAAUUCUUCAACCUUCUGAAACCACAGGUAACCAUCCUUUACCUAUACACACACUUGGCAAAAAAAGUUACAAGUCAGAUCCAGAACUUAUCUCAUCAGUGCCUCCAGAGUUCACUAGGCCUGGUAAAAGUGAUGUCUUACAAACUGUAGAAACAAAGAAUGUAGCAACAAAAGUAAAAGAGACUUGGAAAAGUCAAUCUAUAUUUGUCACGGGAAGUACCAAUAGGAAAACUGUCAGUGAUGUGGUGUGGACCAUGCAAACCCCAAAACCAUCAGUUUCUCCUCUGCUCUUAAACUGUACCUGUGUACAGAUUCCAAAGAAUAGUGCUACUCAUGAUUUGGUAAGUGCAUGCAAUAGGCCAAAAUCAGGGAAUAAUGUUAAUGCAACAGCUUUGAAUGACAGGCAUUUGAUUAAGCAAGAUGUUGAAGACACAGAAGAUAUACUGGAGGAGAGAAAAACAGAGAAUACAUCUCAUCUGAAAUGUGAAGGUGUAAGUGAUAGGGAACAAGGAUUUUGUGACACAAAGGAUCUACAUAGGAUUACUCAAGAAACCGGUCUAGAGAGAAUAGCAUUUUCUUCAGCACAAGUGGGAGCUGCCUCAUUUGUGAAUCUUACUUCUGAUAUUGAUUCUUUCUUCGGCAGCAACACUCCUUCAAGCCAGUUUCAGUUAGAUAUUGAAGAUCUUCCCUUUCAAGUUCCUCAAGAAGUGGACAACAUAGCAUCAGAGAAUGAUGCAACUGAAACUAAUGUGAAUCUUUCUGAAUUUUCAUUGGAAGCGAAUAAAUAUAGUGAAUAUAAGGUUGUUACUCCUGAUAUUCCUCAUAAGUUGUCAGAAGACUCUAGGUAUUCAGUUUUUCAAAAUCCAUCAUGUAAUAUGAAUGAAUUUGAUACUCUUUUAGAUUCCUUUAUGUGUAAUGUUGAGAGUGCACGCAGUAAUGCAGACAGUGUGAGCAUUUAUUCAGUAAACAAAAAUAUAAAUCUAAAAACUAUCCUAAAUGAUUCCAUGACACCAGCUAAGAACAAUAAUCCUGUAGAUGAAAUAUUAGAUGGUUUCCUAAGUGAACUGGGUGGAGAGAGAGAUGUGUUCAUAGCUACCAGUAACAAUCUGUCAUAUAAUAUGGAGCAUUUACUUUGUGAAGAUAUAGCACCUGAAAUGAAUAGCCUUUCUGAUUCUUCAGCUCAGCUGAUUCAUCCAAAAAAGAAGACUUUGAAGCCCACAAUUUUCCAGGUGCAUUCUGCUGGUCAAAAAUCACGCAGGAACAGUGCAAAAGGGAAAAAAACUAAAGUUAAGGUGCAGUCCAUGGGUAAACCAAUUAAAUGUGUUGUACGAGGACAGGUUGUUGAAAAUAUUUCUCAGAAAGGGAUAAGAACACUUCGCUUUGUUCUUGACAAGGAGAGAAGAUUGGAAAAUCAAGAUGGCACAGGUUUGUGGCCCCUCAGGGAGGAAUUUAAUCCUGAUCAGUUUAGUUUAACUCAGGGAACUGGUGUUUCAUCACUGGCAAACAAGGAUAUUGUUGGUGACAGAUGUGUGCUGGAGGAUAAUCUGAUUCCUCAGACCCCUUUUAGGUCAAAUGAAGAAUCACUUGAAUCCAGUAGCUUUGUCUUGCCAAUUGGUGAGACAGGCUUAAGUGUCACUAUACCAACAAAUACUCCCACAAGUAUCACUUCUUUCUUUCCUGCAACCAAUCCAGGAUGUAUUGCCAAACUUGCUCCAAUUCUUCCAUCUCAAUACUAUAAAACGGUUGAUACAAGAAACCCCAUGCUAACUAAACCACAAGUAUGCACACUCCUGCCAUAUAUGCCAGAGAAAAGAAACAGUUUAGUGCAUUCUCAAAAUGAAACACAAAUGAUUGUUCCAAACUCAUUAGCUGCUGUCCCAAUAAAAAGUGGUGUAUUGCAAGUUUCAUUGAGCCCAGUAACUUCAGCUGAACCACAUUAUGUUGUGGUGCCAACAAUAACACAUACCAAAAAUGCAUACAAAACACCUACCAUUGCAGAUUUAGUUUCUUACCCCCUUUUACCACACAAAAUUUUGAACAACAAUGAGGCUCAAAACCAAACUAGUAACAAGCAACAGUCAUCCAGGUCAAGUCAUGUGCAUCCAAUUGCUCCUAAGAUCAGUCAGGCAAGUGUUUCAUCAUGUAAACCUGCCAAAGUACCUCUUGGUCAGAUGAAAUCAAAAGUUCUUCAUCCUGUGAAAAUAUUUGUCAGCACCAAAUCAAAGCCAGUGUUAACAACUGUACCCAAGAAUUCAUGCAUGGAUAUCUAUCCAAACAAACCAUAUGUAGAUGAACCAAGACUAAAUUCUGAGAUAGUACAGUCUCUGCAACAGAACAUUUUGAAAAGAAAGGCACAUCCAGAUAUAGUACGUAAAAAAUUCAGCAGAGUGUUGAAAGAUGAAUUGAGAAUACGAUUCCCAGAUAUCCCAGAACCAGUUCUGAGUAGGUUGAAUAUACCUCCGCAGGCAAUUCAUAGGGGCUAUUUUAGUGUGCUUGACCUGCAGACUUUACGUGCUCAAGCCUUGGCUCUUCGUCUUAGGAUUAUUUUUCGGGAACAUGUGAGCAAAUGUAUUGCUAGGAACUGUGUAAUGUGUUUAAAUUUCUUAAAAGAACGGCAAAAAUUGUCAUGGGUAGAAAGAGAGCGCCAUUUGGGACAGCGUAUUUUUAAAAAGGGAAGAAAUAUGAGAUCAAGUGGAAGGGGUAGAGCUCGUGGGAAGAGGGGCAGCCGAGUAAGAGGAAGCAGUUUGGGUGAGAGAGAUGAUCCCACUUAUGAACCACCAUAUAGCUAUAUAAGCUCAAAGAGGAGGAGAAAUGAGGUUAAUUGCAGUGUAUUAGAUGGCAAGGGAGGAAAUCUAAGAAGAAUGUGUGUUCAAGACUGCAAUAAUGUUCAAGCAAUUAUAAAAAGAUUUUGUAGGGGCAAGAUUCUAUAUGAUUAUUGUAGAUUUCGUAAGUGUUACUCAGAAACAAAUAUACAUGAGCUUACAAAAUCACUUGAUGUUAUAGAUGUUAAAUCACAGACCUGUGAUGAUAUGUACUUGGCAUAUUAUUGUAAUAGGUCAUAUCAGAAAUACUUUCAAAAUAUGCAAGAUAUAGAAAUGCAUCCUGUUGUUCAAGAGUCAUUCAAAACCAGGUUGCAUAUUAUGUCAAGAAAAGAUAUGUACAUUUAUGACCAGAAAGACUGGGAAAAGCAACAAAUGAAAAUGAUGGAGGAAGGUUUUUAUGAUUUGUCAAUCAAACAGCAUGUUGAAAAAGAAUUUUGUAUUCCAUUCAAUGAUGGAACACCAACCAUUCAAAGGGUGCUUCUCAAAAACCACAGUAUUAUGAUCUUCAUUCACUCAGCAUUGGACCCUCAAAGUCUCUGCCAAGUAUGA